AUGGUUAAGGUUUCUUUUCACGGUGUGGAUCUCAACGUAACAGUGGCGAAGAGAGCUAUGGAGGUUGAUAACUGGAUCAACACCACCAUUGGCAACCACUGGCAUCACCUCCGCGAUCUGGUGGUGGGACUGGACAUUGAGUGGCAUCCCAAUCCCCCAAGCACCGAUUUCAACAAUCCGGCAGCAACUCUCCACCUGUGCAUUGGGAACAGUUGUCUCAUCUUUCAGCUUCUCCACCGGGAUUACAUCCCACAUUCGCUCCUCAACUUCUUGGCGUGCCCGUUGUUCACAUUCGUGGGAGUGGGGGUUCAAGACGACGCUGAAAAACUGUUCCAAGAUCACGGUCUGAUUGUGAGGAAAACCGUGGAUUUGAGGUAUCUGGCAGCUUGGGUUAUGGAUUUGAAAGAGUUUUCCAGAAUGGGUUUGAAGAGGAUGGCACUGGAGAUUCUAGGGCAAGUGAUGGAAAAACCUCUACAAGUAACACUCAGCGAUUGGGACGCUAAACAUCUCACUUUCGAUCAAAUUGAGUAUGGCUAA